AUUGGUUUGCAAAUAGAACAGGUGUAAGCGAGUCUUACAAAAUGUGAUUUGCUACGCCAGCUGAGCAUACAGAUGAUUUAUCAAUGUCUAGACGUGUUGUUAACUCUAGUCCGAAGAAAGUGCAAUAAUCAAACCAGUGAUCAAGUAAACUAACUCGAAAGAAAGUGAUUUUAAAUUUAGAAAUAAACAAGAAGUGUCAGUGUUAGCCAAGUUUUUUCGGGGCGCGGUGUCGGUGUUUAUUCGUGGCAAUGAUUCAAUAGCGACCAUUUUUAUAUUUCAUCACCAUCACUGCCGGAUGGGCGAUGAAAAAACCUCUAGCACAACAUACCGGCUCAGGCAGACAUCGGCCAUCACUUUUUGCUCACAUGUUUGUACCGCACAAGGUACAAGGCAAAAAGCAUGUUUAAUGAAAAAAGGAACUUUACUACCUAUCGUCUCCGAAUGGAAUUCAUACGCGUAACGGAUGGUUGCAAGUACACAUUUUGAAUAUCAGCAACUUUUAUUCAUCGACAACAUCUGUCUGUUGGACUUCAGCACAUUGAUGUCGACGAAGAAAGAGAGGUCAACCAGCCUGUGAGUUCCAGGUACACACAAGCGGGGGGUUGUGACGGCCGUUUUUCUCCUUCCUUCGAAACAAAAAAAAACACUUGGUAGUGUGGCCGAAAGAAGUACAGCCGGUGGGAUUGAGGAUAGUGUAGUAAAAAGUGCAAUUUGUCGUUUGAUGAUGUGACAGGAAUACGCGAUAACCAAAAACGGCACGUCUCGUAGUUACUAGCUGCAUCGGUGAAAGAAAAAAAUUGUAAGAAAAAAAAUGACACAAAACGUCGUUUAACGGUGAAGUAUCCCCAGCAGCGGGGCCGAAGUGAAAGACUACGCAGUGACGGUUCGCUUUCACUGCGCUUGCCGGUGUCACUUCACAGUCUGUGUGUGCCUUGUGACAGCAGGUCCAGUUUGGAUGAUAACCAUAACCUGUUUUUAAUUGUCAUCGAAAAACAGUGAUUUGUAGGAAACAACUUAACAACGGGAGCACGCUGGAAAUCGAGGAGUUUCAUUCACUCUGUUCACUCUGUUCACAAUCGAAUAAAGUAAAAAAGCAGCGAAAAAUAAUUCCGAAUCGCAAAGUGUUCCAUGCAGAUGUGCAAAGUGAAUGAGUGUCAAUAGGUAAUCAAAGAGUAGUGAAAAAAGUGUAACAUCGUGUGAAUGUUAGUACAGAAAGGUAGAGUGUAACUAGAGCAGCUGAAAUGGGGUUUUCAUCGGCAUUGCAAGGCAGGGCGGCACAUGAAGCGCUGCUGAAUCGCCAAGAAGCUGAAUUAAAGCUGCUGGAAACGAUGAAGCGCUGCAUGAUACAGAAGAGCAAAUGCGACAAGGAGUACGCGGCUUCACUAGCCGCCGUCACUCAACAGGGCCUCAAGAUCGACCGCAGCGAUGACUUACAAGGCAGUCACGUAACCCGUGCCUGGCGAUCCUACCUAGAGGAGCUGGAGUACACAGCCAAGCAAAUCAAGGCAAACGCCGAGCAGCUGGAAGCCGUUUGUCUGGACAAGCUGGCUCACUUGUACCAGGACAAACGUCGAGUGCGAAAACAGUAUCAGGAAGAGCACACCAAGAUUGCAACAAAAUUCAGCCAUAUAACAGAGGAUGUUGCCAGGAAAAAGACGGAAUAUCAGAAGCAUUUAGAAUACUACAAGCUGCUGAGGGGGCGAUUCGAGGAGAUCAUCAAAUCCGGUAGAUCCGGUCGCAAAUUAGACGACGUCAUCGAUAAGUACCAGAAGGCCUGCCGCAAGCUUCACCUGGCGCACAAUGAGUACGUACUGCUGCUAAGUGAAGCAGCCGAAAUCGAGAAGGACAUCCGAACGAUACUUCUGCCGGGUUUGUUAGAGCACCAGCAGUCCCAGCAGGAAGGUUUCAUUCUAACGUGGCGCAAUCUGCUGCAAGAAAUUUCCCGACUAGGUGAUAACACGUCCGACAAAUUUGUUGAAAUCCAAAAACGAAUAGAGUCCAACAUCAGCAGCAUCACUCCAGCCGAGGAGUACCGAGAAUUCACGGAAAAGCAUAAGACGACUCCUACCGCACCUGUGCAGUUUCAGUUUGACGAAUCCCUGGUUGAAGACAGUCUGGGAAAGCUACAAGCCAACACCCUGACAGUUGACAAUCUGACAGUGGAUUGGCUCAAAACGCGACAAACAGAGCUGGAAGCGUCGAUCAAGGAUCUACAGGAAGUGCAAAGUAAACUUUGCCAGGAAAAUGGUAUCACUAAUGGAAACACUGGCAAUGGUACUGCGAGUACAAAUGGAAGCAGUGGUGGAAGUGGCAGUAUACCAUCUACUCCUAUCCUGAACGGAUCUAAUGGGAACGCCAUCAAAGACAGCAGUUCUAAGAAUUCCAAGGAACUAGUCGCCCUUCGAUGCCACGAACGGCAGAUGCAGAAACAGGUCGAGAUGAUCCGAGCGGCGUUAAACGAUGUUGGCUGCGAGGAGCUUCCCUCCGGAUGUGACGACAUUUCGUCGAUGGAGCAUCUAAUUGAGAACAAAAAGACCGCCAGUCAGGACCUAUCGGAGGAUUCGCACAACGCCUCCACCGUACCGUUUUUUUCAUCCAAAGGACCGGCCGGUGGGGUGAUUUCCCUAAUCCGGGAUCAAUUUCGGCGCAAAUCUGGGCCCGCAUCGGCCUCCUCACUACUAGCGAUAAAAGAUUCCGCCGUUACACCGGUAGCGACACCACGCAGUGGGCAUCGGCAGCAAAACGAAACCGAUCCAAGCGAGGGUUUUUCUACGGUAAAUAGCACUCAUUGUGAUGUGCCCUCCGAGCAGUGUGUUGAGAAUUUGUACUUUGAACCUGUCGAUCCCCCGUCGGUGACGCCAGAAGAUACUAACCAUUCCAAUGAGGAGAACCGUGUGUCCACUAACACCUAUGUCGAUAUGGAAGCUAACCUAUUGCAGACUGAGUUUGAGUGUGCUUCUACUACCAUUAAUACUAUUCCUAGUACUGCCACUACCACUACAUUUGCAGCUAGCGGUAAUACUAACUGUUUGAUGAGACUAAUGUUCGAAAGCGAUAACUUUCCGCAUCAGCAGCUAAUAGGCUGCGAGGAUGCCGUAGGUAGCUACAAGCGUUUAAAAGGAAAUGAGGAAAGUGAACUUAUGCUAUUGAAUUCCCUAAAUUCCCCGGAAAAUCAGUCCACUUCGGAUGAGUUAUAUGCCAACGAAAUGAACGACUCAAAAAAUAAUUUACUUCAAGAAGACUCCUAUGAAGAGCCCAGAAGACACUUGAAAUCAUCAAUUGACGCUCAUUUGGAUAGUAUCGACGAGUUGAACAAUAAGCUGGAUCAAAAGUUACUCCAGAAAAAGAAUGAAGAAAACGACUACAUCAAUGUUCCAGCAAACGUAGACGAUUCAGAAAUAUUUUUAACACCCAAAAAUGGUAAAAACCCUGAGAAAUCCAGUUUUCGUGAUAAGAUAAAGAAGAAAAUCAAAAUUAAAAGCUCUGCUUCCGAAGCUGAAAAAGAGCCAAAGUUAGAUGAAGUAGAUGAACAGGGAAACAGUUUUGCAAAUAGAUUCCGAAGUAAAGUAACCAAUUUGAAAAAGCACGACAAUGAUCAGUUCAAACUGAUGAAGAACGAAACCGGACUGGUGGGAACUCCCCAAGAUACCCAAGAUGAGAAAAAGAAGAAAAAGAAAAAGAAGCGCAGUAAAAAUCGCAAUCAUACAUUCUCGGAAGAUGAGCUCCUUGCGGAGGACACGGACGAAUUUAAACUAAAUGAAAUGUCCAGUCCACCAGCAAGCGCUUCUACAGAUGAAGACGCUUCUAAAGUUCCUUCCUUUUCGAGCACAGUAAUGUCGACCUUCCGAGAGAUAAUGCACUCCACUAAUAAAGUUAAGGAUUCCUCACUGAACAUAGCCCUACGUCAGCAAACAGUUGGGAAAGAGGAAAAGCUAGACCUAAUUAGCGCCAAAGACGCCAACAGGCUAACUACCAUCAAAUUUAUAUUCUCCGAUAACCGACAGGAUUCCGGGUCAGCUCCUGCAACACCGGAACACCUUCGGUCCAACGGAAAAACCAUUAGUGAAAUGCAGGAAUCACAUUACUCGUUACCGAUCGAAAGUGACGGUCGAUGUUUCGAUACUACCGACACCGAUUGCAGCACUAAAGGCGCACUAACGAUACAGCAAGCACCAGCAUCGAAGCUUUCCUCGCUGUUUAAUAAACACAAUUUGAAAACUCGGUUUACGAAGCUGCACCAGAAAAUGCCAAAACUUUUAGCCAACACUCCGCCACCCAGCCCCGAUGUUCCAGCCGGAAGGAUUAUAGAGAACACAAGGCUCUGCCGUGCCUGUACUCGUCAUUUCCAGCGAUUACACCCGAGUAAGACGGUACUGGAUUUUACCAAAGAGUUUCCCAACGGGGGACGCUUCUGCCGCAGCCACGGUGGAGAAGGGGAUGAUUUGGAGGGGGAGGGUGCAAUGCCGGGGAACGGAUAUGACGAACGCUGGUGUGUAUCGGAGCUGGUAAAUCUUGAUUAUGAGGAAAUUGAUGUUAUUACCAUUAAGACCCAUGACGCUACUACUACUACUACUUCUACUACUACCACCUCUACUGCUAGUGAUGAUAACGAUGGCGAUGGUAAAAUAAGCCAGGCAACUAAAUCGUUGAUGACACUUUCCACGAACCGGCCCCUGUACGAAGAAGAAUGGUUCCACGGGGUGUUACCACGCGAGGAGGUGGUCCGAUUGCUGCGAAACGAGGGUGACUUUCUGGUCCGCGAGACCACCAGGAACGACGAGAGCCAAACCGUACUCAGUGUUUGCUGGAACGGACACAAGCACUUCAUCGUACAAACGACAGCGGAGGGUCACUUCCGCUUCGAAGGUCCAGCAUUUCCCAGCAUACAGGAAUUAAUCAUACAUCAGUACCAAUCGGAACUGCCAGUUACAGGUCGUUCCGGCGCAGUACUCCGCAAGCCAGUAUUCAGAGAACGGUGGGAACUCAGCAAUGACGAUGUGAUACUUCUUGAUAAAAUUGGACGAGGUAACUUUGGCGAUGUGUACAAGGCCAAGCUGAAGUCCUCGAAGAACACACUUGUAGCGGUAAAAACCUGUCGAAUGACGCUGCCCGAAGAGCAAAAGCGGAAGUUUUUACAGGAGGGUCGCAUUCUAAAGCAAUACGAUCAUCCAAACAUCGUGAAACUUAUCGGAAUAUGCGUUCAAAAGCAACCAAUUAUGAUCGUGAUGGAGUUGGUGUCUGGCGGGUCGUUGUUGAUGUUUCUUCGUAAAAAUGCUGCCACACUUACUCAAAAGCAAUUGAUGGCCAUGUGUCGGGAUGCUGCGGCGGGAAUGCGUUAUCUUGAGUCUAAAAACUGUAUCCAUCGAGAUUUGGCCGCCCGGAACUGUUUGAUUGGUAAUGAAAAUAUCGUUAAAAUUUCCGAUUUCGGAAUGUCUCGUGAAGAAGAAGAGUAUAUCGUAUCCGGUGGAAUGAAACAAAUCCCGAUAAAAUGGACCGCACCGGAGGCACUCAACUUCGGUAAAUACACCUCAUUGUGCGAUGUGUGGUCGUACGGUAUCUUAGUGUGGGAAAUAUUCAGCAGAGGAGACACCCCGUACUCGGGUCUAAGUAAUUCUCGUGCCCGGGAACGCAUUGACGAAGGUUACCGAAUGCCGGCACCGGAGAAUACUCCUCCAGAAAUGUACCGGCUAAUGCUGAAGUGUUGGUCAUACGAACCAGAAAACCGUCCCCAUUUCGAUGAAAUUUUCACCGUAGUGGAUGCUCUGAUGCUGUGCGCCAAGGACUAGCAAACAGCGAAAAUCUUUCGGCACAGAGCGAACCCCCAAAGGAAUCGGUCAACACACUGUCUUUCGUGCAACAGAGUGUUGCAGCCAUCAAGUCGCAGUGGCCGGAACAGGCGAUGGCAGAAAGCAACACCGGACGCGACUGCCAAUGCCCGGUAUUUUCCCCUGUCGGUGGUGCUGCUUACUGCAAAAGCUUAAAGGCGUAACGAUUUGACUGUAUGAAGCUAUAUUCAAUUUUAAAUAGUUGUACAGUAUGAGAAAAAAUCAAAAAUGUGCUCGUAUUACAUAACACAUGUGUUUGCUUAUGUAGAUUAUUAUCCAGAUGAUAAAUGUUUAUUCUCGAAUUGAACUUCCUUUUCAAUCCAGGUUUUACGUGCUACAUGAUAAUAAUAGUUAUUACAACGACGAUAAUUUUGAACGGACUGUGUUUCAUACGUCGCAAAAAAAACUGAAAAUCUGUUAAAAUAUUGUAGAUCUGAUUUCGCGUAUCUGAAAUUCUAUUCCUACAAUAAGCAAAGAAUUUUACACAAAUAUUAAUUGAAAAUGACGAAUUUACUUUCAUUGGAAACUGUAACACCGACAAUACGAACAAGGGUUUGAAAUUCGCCGAAAAAGACUGUUAAUGUUUUGUAUGGUCUGCAAUGAAUUUACUUCUUCCUGUGCGAACGGAAGUCUAAUACUUUUCUUCUUCAAGUCUUUGCGAACACUUGAGCAUGUGGCAUUAUGACACAUUUGCAUUCUUUUUUAUUAUGCGUGCAUUCAAUUUUCAAUUUAUCGUUUAGAUUAAUUAUGUUUAAUUUAGCAUAAACGCUUCGAAAGAUUUUAGUUGUUAAUAACAUACUGCAACGAUGAUUUUAUGUAAGUGCUGAAAGUCGAGAUUUUGAUCGAUAGAUUAGAGCAGUUAAUGCUAGGUUUUAGGAAGUGAAUCACUGAUUCGAAUGUGGCCAACAAUGUACGGAAUUGAUACUGUAGAUAGAAAAAAUAGAAGUAUUUUGUGAUAAGAUAGAGUUUUUAUGUUUAUGUUUAGAAAUUUAUCUGCUCGAUAGGAUUUUUUAUUGGAGUUUUUAACACAUCUUUCUGCAACGCUCAAAAGCUACGAACCAGUAAAAUGUCUCAGUAAAGCGAUCGACACAAAAGGCCUGUUGAUAUUUUCACUAAUAAAUAAACACAUAAAGAUAAUAAACGAUAACAAAAAGCGCACACUAGAUAUACUAUUCAUAGGACUUAUUCAUCAGCAGUAAACAAUAAUAAAGUAAGCUUGAAAGGUUUCCAGUGAACGUUAAACGAAAGUGACUCACUUUUUUUGGGAAAUUAUUGGCAAACAACAAUCACACAAUGUUAAUAUAAUCGAACUAAAAUAAGUAUUCAUUAUAUUCCGAUCGCAAAAGAAACGAAAAAGCAGCUCUUCAACGAACGCAUCUUGAACGUGAAUUUAGUUUGACUAACAAUAAAAACUUUUUUAAUUUUAUUUACAAUACUAUUUAAUAUAAUGACAAAUAUUCAAA